AUGGGAGGUGGCGACGUAGUCUACUCCCGCAAUCAGGAAAUUCAUACCAUUGUGGAAUGGUUAACACCAAUAACAUCGGAUGCAACACAUUACGAUACCCUUUCGAAGCGCAUGCCGGGAACUGGAGAGUGGUUUUUAUCUUCCACUCAAUUCAAAGAUUGGCUAUCCGGACAAAGAAGUAUCCUGUUGUUGGAUGGAAAGCGUGAGCGAUACUUUGCUCCACUGCUUUCUAUAGCUAAAUUCCUCCUUAAUAGCUGGCUCAGGAAAGACUAUCAUUGCGUGAGUUCAGAUGAAUAA